UCUCAGACGCACGGUGCCCAGGGCGAGCCUGGGGCGAUACAAGAGAAACAUCUAAUCCAGCCGCUCUGUAGCCCGGGACAUCAAUCCUGGAAAUUCUUGGAGUUCCGUUCGGAUUUCUUUGCUGGGAUUUUGUUUAUUUCAUUUGUUUUGCUUCGCUGCAUGAGUCUUUCCGAGCUGCUGGAAGUUUUUGACGCGAGGGAUGGUGCACCUGCUGGGAAUUCUCCUGCUGUUUCUGCCAAGUUCUCAAGGUUUUAAAUGCUUAAACACUGUGGAUCCUUGUGUUAACGGUGGGAGCUGCCUGUCACUCAGUAACGGAACCGCAGCUUGCCUCUGUGCGCCGCUCUACAUCGGUGACCGCUGCCAGCACUUGGACCCCUGCUCCAGCGCUCGAUGUUUGCAUGGCGCCACAUGUGAGACUGUUACGCGGAAUAGCUCUGUUGCCGCCUCCUGCUCCUGUCCGCCAGGCUACGGGGGAAGAUGGUGCGAGACGUUCCUCAACAGUGCCUGCCUGAAAAGCCGUUGCCUCAACGGAGGGAAGUGCGAGCUGCUCGCCAACAACGGCUACAGAUGCCAGUGCCUGCACGGCUGGACAGGCCAUCAAUGCCAACUGGCAGACCUGUGCACUGCCAACCCCUGCACCAAUGGCGGGAGAUGCACAAGCACCAAGGGGCACUUCACCUGCCAGUGCAACCCGGGGUUCGAGGGCCAGGUGUGUGAGAUCGACGUGGAUGAAUGCGGCUCCAGUGGCGGAGGGCCCUGUCAGAACAGAGGCACCUGUAUCAACGUGCCCGGCUCAUACAGGUGCUCCUGCCCACCUGCCUACACGGGCCCCAACUGCGAGGUCCCCUCCUUCUCCUGCUUCCCAUCAUUCUGUCAGAAUGGAGGGACAUGCCUUCCGAAAGCCGGCGUGAUGUAUCAGUGCGCCUGUCUCCCAGCUUUCACUGGUCGGUUUUGUGAAGUGAAUGUCGAUGACUGUAAGGAACACCGGUGUCAGAAUGGUGGGACCUGCGUGGACCGCGUCAGCACCUACGAUUGCAAAUGUCCCUCAAUGUGGACUGGUCGGUACUGCACUGAGGAUGUGGAUGAAUGCCAGCUCCAAUCCAACCUGUGCCAGAACGGGGGCACCUGCACCAACACGGAUGGUGACUACAAUUGCAUCUGUGUCAAUGGCUGGUCCGGCCAUGACUGCAGCGAGAACAUCAAUGACUGCACGGAGACCUCCUGCGCACAGGGUGCCACCUGCCAUGACAAGGUGGCAAACUUUGUGUGCGAGUGCCCGCCAGGUAAAAAAGGUCUGUUCUGCCAACUGGACGACCCCUGCGUCAGUAACCCAUGCCACGAGAAUGCCGUCUGUGAGAUGAACCCACUAACGGGACAAGCCAUGUGCCAGUGUCCCGUCGGCUUCACGGGACUAUCCUGCAGGCAGGACAUUGACGAGUGCUCAAUGGAUGCCAAUCCCUGUGAGCUCAGCGGCCGCUGUGAGAACAAUGUGGGCUCCUUCGAGUGUCGCUGCCUGGCAGGAUACACAGGCGCACGGUGUGAAUUGGACAUCAACGAAUGCCGGUCGAAUCCAUGCCGGAAUGAGGCAACAUGCCUGGAUCAGAUUGGCGAGUUCAAGUGCAUCUGCAUGGCCGGUUAUGAAGGCUUGUUCUGCGAAAUCAACAGUGAUGAAUGCCUGAGUAAUCCCUGCCUGAACAACGGCAUGUGCCAGGAUCUGGUAAAUGGUGUACACUGCCAGUGCCCUCCAGGAUUUGCCGGUCAGCGGUGUGAGAUUAACAUUGAUGAGUGUUCCAGCACUCCUUGCCUGAAUGGAGGGAAGUGCGUCGAUGGCCCCGGCCGCUAUGACUGCGAGUGUCCGGAAGGGUUUGAAGGGCUGCUCUGCCAGACGAACAUUGACGACUGCCUUCAAAACCCGUGUCACUACGGGACCUGCCUGGAUGGGAUAGCUGACUACUCCUGUGCCUGUGUGCCCGGGUACAUGGGACGGAUCUGCAAUAUUGAGAUUGAUGAGUGCCUGAGCCAGCCCUGCCAGAAUGGCGGGCGAUGCACAAACCUGGUGAAUGACUAUCGGUGUGCCUGCCUGCCUGGUACCACAGGGCCGCGAUGUGAGACUGACAUUGAUGAGUGUGUGUGCAAUCCCUGCCAGUCUGGCCACUGCAAGGACUAUGUCAAUGGCUACAUCUGUGUGUGUGACCCUGGUUUUACAGGCUUUCAGUGUGAUGUUGACAUCGAUGAGUGUGUCUCCAGCCCUUGUCAUAAUGGCGGCACCUGUGAGGACGGGGUGAAUGGGUUCACCUGCAUCUGUCCAGAUGGAUAUUAUGACCCGCAGUGCGUUUCCAGAGUAGACGAGUGCAAAAGUAAUCCGUGCGCACAUGGGACGUGCCUCAGCGACAUCAACGGAUUCACAUGCCUUUGCCAGUCAGGCUGGACAGGGACCAUGUGCCAAAUGGAUGUGAAUGAAUGUGAGUCGCAGCCGUGCAGGCAAGGCGGGACGUGUCGGGAUCGUGUCAACGGCUACGACUGCCUCUGCCCAAAGGGGUUCAAAGGCCAGAACUGCCAGAUGAAUCAAGAUGACUGCCUCCCUAACCCCUGUUUGAACAAGGGACGCUGCAUCGAUGGUAUUGCCAACUACCUGUGCCAAUGCGAGCUUCCGUACACAGGUCCCCACUGUGAGACACUACUCGCCCCUUGUGCUCAGCAUCCUUGCAAAAAUGGUGGCACGUGUAUUGAGUCAACGGACUACCAGGCAUUCUCUUGCGUAUGUCCAGGUGGAUGGGGUGGGCAGGUUUGUGAGGAGGACAUUGAUGAAUGCGUCUCUAACCCGUGCCUCAAUCAAGGGGAGUGCCAGAACUCUGAAGGCGGGCAUAUAUGCAAAUGCCAAGCGGGCUACAGUGGGCAGCUGUGUGAUGUGGACAUUGAUGACUGCUCCCCUAACCUGUGCCACAAUGGCGGCUCCUGUGAGGACGGAGUAGAUUCCUUUAACUGCUCCUGUCCAGCGGGCUUUGCCGGCGAGCGUUGCCAGGACGAUAUCGAUGAAUGCAGCAGUGGCCCAUGCCAGAAUGGGGCAGUCUGCAACGACCACGUCAAUGGGUACACCUGCAGCUGCCCACUGGGCUACGAUGGCAUCCACUGUGAGAACGACAUUCCAGACUGCAAUCCAAGCUCCUGCCUGAACGGAGGGACGUGUGUCGACCAAGUUGCCAACUUCACCUGCCACUGCCCGGCCGGGUUCGCCGGCCACUACUGCCAACAGGAAAUAAACGAGUGUGAUUCGCAGCCCUGCCUGAAUGGGGGCACCUGCCAGGAUGGCUAUGGGACCUACAAGUGUUCCUGUGCUCAGGGUUACACCGGCAACAACUGCCAGACUCUGAUAAACUGGUGUGCCAAACCCGUGUGCAAAAAUGAUGGCAAGUGUGAGCAGGUGAACACAACUUUCCACUGCGAGUGCAAGAUGGGCUGGUCGGGUCUUUACUGUGAUGUGCCUAAGGUGUCCUGCGAGGUCGCUGCUGGAAAACGUGGGGUGGCUGCCACACAGCUGUGCCAGCAUGGCGGGCAGUGUAUCAACGCAGGAAACUCUUAUUACUGCCAGUGCCCUAUUGGCUUUGAGGGCAGCCACUGCGAGACAGAGAUCAACGAAUGCCAGCCCGACCCCUGUCAGAAUGGAGCCACCUGCCGCGACUUAAUCGCAAAGUAUUCCUGCCAGUGCCUCCCUGGUUACCAUGGCACUAACUGUUCCGAAGAGAUUGAUGAAUGUCGCUCCCAGCCCUGUCAGAACGGUGGGACCUGCAUCGACCUGCUCAGCGGUUACCAGUGUUCCUGUCUAUAUGGCACUCAGGGUACGCAGUGCGAGCACAACAUCGACGACUGUGCCUCCCCCGCAGCCGACCACCAGCCCAAGUGUUACCACGGGGCCCGAUGCGUGGACAGGAUCGGCGGCUACGCCUGCGAGUGCCGGGCCGGCUACGUGGGGGAGCGGUGUGAGGGUGAUGUCAAUGAGUGCCUCUCCAACCCGUGCGACAGCAGCGGGACCCAGAGCUGCGUACAGCUGGUCAACGCUUACCGCUGUGUGUGUAAGCCCGGAUUCACAGGUCAGCGCUGCCAGUCCGUCAUCGACAGCUGCAAGUCCGGGCCCUGCAGGAACGGCGGCACCUGUGUCCUCGCAGUCAACACGCCCAUCGGCUUCCUGUGCCAGUGCCCGCCGGGCUACAGCGGAGGAAGGUGUGAAAACUACAACUCCUGCAACUCCCGGCCCUGCCGAAAUGGGGGGACUUGCGCCUCGGGCCGGUGCGUCUGCCGGCCGGGCUUCGAGGGCGCGGACUGUUCGGCCCCGGGGAGCGGCCGCUGCACCGCCGGCACCUGCCAGAACGGGGGCACUUGCCUGGAGCGGGGCCAGGAGCCCCGCGCCCUCUGCCGCUGCCCGCCCGGCUUCCGAGGCCGGCGCUGCCAGAGCCCGGAGGCGGGCCGCAACCGCUCGGCCGGAGCCGGGUGCCCGGUCGAGCCCUGCGCCGCCCGGGCCGGCGACGGCCUCUGCGACCGGGCCUGCGACACCGCGGCCUGCGGCCGGGACGGGGGCGACUGCCCGGGCGGCCCGUGGAGCAAGUGCGCGGCGCAGGAGCUCUGCCAGGCCGGCUUCAGGGACGGCGAGUGCGACGAGGCCUGCAACACCGUCGAGUGCCAGUUCGACGGCUUCGACUGUCAGGAGCAGAAGGCCACGUGCAACCCUCGCCACCACACGUACUGCAAGCACCACUACAACGACGGGCACUGCGACAAGGGCUGCAGCUCGGCCGACUGCGGCUGGGACGGCAUGGACUGCGCCAGCCCCGAGGCCCAGGACUUUGCCCACGGCACCCUGGUGCUGGUCGCCUUCCUGAGCCCGCGGAAGCUGCAGCACAGCCUCUCCAGCUUCCUCUGGAACCUGGGCCUGGCCCUGCACUCCACCGUGCGGGUCAAGAAGAGCCCGAGCGGGGAGGACAUGGUCUACCCGUAUUACGGACGCGAGGACCUGGACAACCUGACUGCUUUGGUCUACAACGUCAGUGACCCGGGAGGGAAACGCGUGACAAGGGAGCUGGCCCGACACGAGGAGGAGGAGGAAGUUGGGCCCACGCAGGGGUCAGAACGUAAAGUCCUCGGGUGCAUCAUAUUUGUGGAGAUCAACAAACAGCCAUGUCUGGUGACCUACACGGCCUGCUUCCCCACCGUCCUCGACGCUGCCGCCUUUGUCGUCGCCCUGGCCUCCUCCGAGAAUGGUGUUCAGGAGUUCCCCUUCCCACUGCGGGCUGUCGCUGUGAUGCCUGAGGAAGGGGUGCAACCUGUUUCGUUUCCGUGGAAACUGACCUGCAUUUCGCUUGCCGUCCUCUUUGCCAUCGUCCUCGGGAUGUUCGUCGGCAUUCACAUCGCCAAGAAACCAAAACGCAAGCGGGGCCCCCUCUGGCUGCCCCCUGGAUUUGCCCCAAGUAAGGAGUCCAAGAACUACAAGAGGAGGGAGCCGGUGGGGGAAGACGCCAUCGGGAUGAAGAUUCUGAACCAAGAAAUUGACUGUGAAGAUGAAGAAGACAAUCAGAAUUCCUUAGUGGAAGGUCCGCCCAGCAACAAGAAAUCCAAGUCUGAGGAGAUCCCAAUGCUGCCUGAUCAUCGUAAAUGGACGCAAAAGCACAUCAAGGCCGUUGUCAAUGUUCCACAGUCUGUAGCACUGACCCCACCACAGGAGAAUACAGAGACCGUGGAUGUUGAUGCAAGAGGCCCAGAUGGAGUAACGCCACUGAUGUUGGCCGCCUGUGCGGGUGGAGGUCUGGAAUCGGGUUACGCUGAGACGGAGACCCAGGAAGGCUCAGCCAGCACCAUUAUAGACCUUAUUGGCCAGGGAGCGAGCCUCCAACCUCAGACGGAUGUGACCGGUGAAACCGCCCUGCACCUGGCGGCUCGAUUCUCUCGGGCAGACGCCGCGAAAUGCAUGCUCGACAUGGGAGCCGACACCAACGUCCAAGAUAAAUCGGGGCGUACGCCCUUACACACAGCGGUGGCAGCUGAUGCACAGGGGGUCUUGCAGAUCCUCGUGCGCAACAGGUCGACCGACGUGGAUGCGCGCAUGCACGACGGGACCACGCCGCUGAUCCUGGCGGCCCGACUCGCCAUCGAUAACGUGGUGGAGGAACUGAUAAACUGCAACGCCGACGUCAGCGCCACAGACAAUCACGGUAAAUCGGCUCUACAUUGGGCAGCCGCUGUGAAUAACGUGGAUACGGUCGUCAUCCUUCUGCGCAAUGGUGCCAACAAGGACAUGCAGGACCACAAGGAGGAGACUCCGCUCUUUAUCGCCGCCCGCGAGGGGAGCUACGAGACGGCCAAAGUUCUGCUGGAGCACCUGGCCAACCGGGAGCUGGCCGACCACAUGAGCCGGCUGCCCCGCGCCAUCGCCAGUGAGCGCCAACACCACGACAUCGUCCAGCUUCUCGACGACCACGGCCUGCCGCGCGACCCGACGGUCACCCCCGCCUCGCCCUUCCCCGCCCUCAAGCCCCCCAAGAGAGGGGGGGCGGUGGUGGGGGGAGGGAGGAGGCAGGGCGCCCGGGGGCCGGCCUGCCCCAAGGAGGGCGGGGAAGCCGGGGCCAGGGAUAGGGCGGGGCCCGGCAGCCUGCGAGGCGCGUCCCUGCCCCCCCAGAUCGACCUGAAUCACUCCCUGUACCUCCCCCAGACGCUGCCCUGCCCCUAUCAAGCUCCACCCGCCGUCUUCCUGCCCCCGGCCUGCGCGGUGCAUUCAGCGGACGGGCACUGCCACGGCCACGGCCCUCAAGCGGACCGGCUGUACAACCACGUGUUGCCGAACCUGAGCGCGCCGGUCCGAGACGCCGGCAGGCUCGCGGCGGCGGCGGGGGGCGCCCCUCACUCGGGCUACUCUGACAGGCCGCGCCUGGGCCUGGCGCUCGGGUACGCGGCAGCCCGCCAGCGGGAGGCGCAGGGCCCGCCCUGGCAGCUGAGCCGCUACCCGGGGCGGCGCCAGGACUGGUGGGCGGGGCAGGGCGGCGGGCCCGAGCGGCCGAUGUUGCCGCCGGUUCACCCGCACCUGCGGUACCCGGCGCCCACCACCGGCGGCGGCUGCGGCAGCCAGGAGGCGGCGGCCUGCAACCAGCCGGGCCUCCUGGGGCCAGCGCUCCUGGGUGUCCGGAACCCGCCCCAGGAGGGGCCGCCGGGUGAGGAGCAAAACCUUUACGGGGCCUCGCUGCCCGUCAUCCACGAGCAGCCCGUCGCCGCGGCGGCGACCAGCCUGUACCCAACCCCGCCGUCACAGCACAGUUACCCGUCGCCGCCGGAUACGGACGUCCACGCCUGUCGCCAGGGGCGACACCCAUUCCUGACGCCUUCCCCCGAGUCCCCCGACCAAUGGUCGAGCUCCUCGCCGCAUUCCAACCAGUCUGAUUGGUCGGAUGGAAUAAUCAGCCCCACCUCCUAGGCUGCACUUCGAGGUAAACGGAGGGAAAGGGGGGGCGGAGCGAGGGGCAGUCAUGUGACCGCCGGUGAUUUGUGGGUAACGGGGCGUCUGAGUGAAGAUCGGGGUCGAGGGGAGGGGGAGGCGGUCAAUGCGGCAGCUUCUAAAAACGGGAACACGUUCACCGGUCUGCGUCUGCGCGGAGGGAGCACUGCGCAUGCGGUGCGCCAGCCUGUCACCAAGAGCACCGAGAGCCAGGCUGUGGGGAGGAUCAUGUGUACAAGAUUAUGAGGGGCAUGGACAGGGGGCAGCUGUUCCCCUUAGUUGAAGGGUCAGUCACGAGGGGACACAAGUUCAAGGUGAGGGGCAGGAGGUUUAGGGGGGAUGUGAG